AUGCGGUCGCGCCUCGGCGCGGUGCUUGCGGUUUGUUUAGGCACCAGAACCCCGCAGCGGAGCACCGCCGCGGAAGAAAUGAAGACCAAGACAACCUCGCCUCUCGGGACUUUUUUGCAGAGCGCCAGGCGCGGGAAGCAAAACAGACUGCCCACAGAUCGGCUGACGAAACUUCACAAGCGUUUCGUUACCGCCAUCCAGUGGGUGCCGCCCGCCGCGGUGGCGUCCGAAAGUAUCCGGGCCCCGGGGGAGGGGGGCUUCAAAUUUGCCUGGAGGCGGAACGCCGCAAGCAUUUCGCGCGUCAAGAGCGUAGCCCUUGCUGCGCGAUU